AUGGACCGCGGCGGCCAGGCCCUGCUGCUGCUGCUGCUACUAUCCAAAGAAGUGUCUUAUCUAAUGAGAAUUGAAGGAGUUAACAGGAUUGUUCACCUUCAUCAGAAAUCCUUUAUAUUUCGGAAUAUGCCUAUUUACACUUUUGAUUCGAAAGGAAACCGACAAAAAGAUCAUCCGUAUUUUAAGGUUGAUUGCUAUUAUAGUGGCUAUGUGGAAGCAGCCCCGGAUUCUGACGUUGUCCUCUCUACCUGCAUUGGGCUUUGGGGAUAUAUACAGAUUGGAAGUUUAAAGUAUGAAAUAAAGCCUGUGGAGAAUUCCCGUGAAUUUCAACACCUUAUUUAUCGCAAGGAUCCAGAACAACAUGAACCAUGUAAGGGGAUUCUUGAAGAUCAGGAUCAGCUGGCAGAGUUUCCUGGAAACAAGGCACCAUCCAGAUACCUAGAGUAUUUUGCUGUUUGCGACAACUCCAUGUUUCAGCGGGAAAAUCAAAAUGUAACUCAAGUAAUACUGGCAGUGCUCCAAAUUAUUUCUGUCCUUCACAAUAUAUACGACGGCAUAGGUCUUCACGUUGUUUUGACGGGAAUGGAGUUGUGGACAGUGCCAGAUAAUCUAAUAAUUAAUUAUACGCUCGAUAAUUAUUUGGAAGCAUUUCACAGCUAUGCUACUUCUGAGCUGCGGCGUCACGCCCAUUUCAGCCACGCCUCUUUAUUCACGAUCGUGGGGAAGGACGGUUCCAUUACAAUGUUCCAGCAAGGCCAUUUUUGCAUUAACAAUUAUGUCUCCGUUUCUGCUGUCAAAGCGUCAUCCUCUUUAACAAAGGAUGGCGUCGCUGCUGCACAUCAGCUGGGCCAUGUCAUUGGCUUCGUCCAUGACGAACUUCUGGGAGAACAAGGCAGAAUGUGCGAUUGCAACUGCACCUCAAAGCCUGGCCAUUGCGUCAUGUAUUCAGCUGUGGCAGAGUGUCACCGAUUGAGUAAUUGCAGCAAAAAUGCUUAUUACGAAUUCUUAGCCAACGAAGGGAACACCUGUUUUCUGAGCUUACCUAAGGAUGUAUUUGAAUUCAAGAUCUGUGGAAACGGCGUGCUGGAAGCCAAUGAAGGGUGUGACUGCGGUAGGGAUGAGGAGUGCGAAAGGAACGGCUGUUGCCAAAAGUUUUGCAUAUUGAAACCAGGCGCCGAGUGUACUCAUGGCCUCUGCUGUAAGAACUGUAAGAUAGAAAAUGAAGGAACCCUAUGCAGGGAAGCAGCUACUGAAUGUGAUCUACCUGAGUACUGUAGUGGAGAUUCCGCCGAUUGCCCGCUAAAUGUGUAUAAACAAGAUGGGAUGCCAUGUGGUACCAGGAACAACUGUUAUUUAGGGGAUUGCCUUGACCGUCACCAACACUGCAGGGCUCUCUUUGGCAAAGGUGCAAAUCCUGGCCCAUUGAGUUGCUACAAGGAAGUGAACAUGCGUGGAGAUCGGACUGGCAACUGUGGCAAGGAUGAAUUUGGAUUCAAGAAAUGCAAAGAAGAAGACGUCUUUUGCGGAAGAGUCCAGUGCACCGACGUUAAAAAUGUUCCAAGAAUUUCAACUGGAGAAGCCAUACUUCAGACUCCUAUGGAUGAUGACAUUUGUUGGGGUACAGAAUUUCAGAAAGGGGAUGAAGAAUAUGAUCUUGGAGCAGUAAAAGAUGGAUCACCAUGUGGGGCUGCCAAGAUAUGCAUGAACAGAACAUGUGUUGAUCUGAAAAUUCUGAAUUAUGACUGUGAUUUCUCAAAAUGUAACAACCAGGGGGUGUGCAAUAGCAAAAGAAAUUGCCAUUGCACUUACGGAUGGGCCCCACCCUUCUGCAGCGGCAAGGGAUUUGGAGGCAGCGUUGACAGUGGGCCCGCUCCAGAACAGAGGAAAUCCAAAAAAACCUUAAUGCUAGGUUCUAUUAUUGGGGUGGCAAUGCUUUUGCUGACUCUUAGCAUAGUGCUGAAGAAAUAUCUACAUACUUGGAAAGAACACCCGAGUAGCGCUCUUACUCGGUAUAAUUUACCAGUUGAUGCAAUGGCUUCAGCUGGCUACCCGCCUGCUGCUGCCGCCACCCAGCCUGCCCGCAUCGGCCUCUGCGCUGCCCCGCGCGUCCCUUUGCCCGUGUCCGAGCCGCGUCCUCACGUGCGCAGCGCCCCCAUCCCCGCUUCUCAGCCCUCCCGGCCCCGCUUUGCGCCGGCAGAGAGACAGAGCGCGGCCCCGGCGCCCGCCCCACGGACGAUGAAGGGGGCGGAGGAGGAAACACGUGGAGCCCCAGUCACGUGA